AUGAAAAGUGGAACACGCAUCGCGCUAUGCGUUGUGUCGAUACUAUUCUUUUCUCUUUAUCUACUGGAAGCCCAUAUCCAGGACAUCUGUAACCAAUACCGCGCUGGCGCAUACUUGGUAGAAUGGUGGUAUCGCAAAUCUGGGUCCAACGUGCCUGCCCACCAUGGCAACCCAGACGACAAAGUCAUUGUUAUGGCAAAGCUUGAGGAGGAGGAUACCGACUGGGUAAACCAAGAGCUCCCCGACUGGCAACGCGCCAUCUACAUCGUCAACCCAUCGGAGGAAACCCGAAUGGACGAGAACAUCCUCACAACCCCCUACAACAAAGGCCACGAAGCCAUGGCCUACCUUACCUACGUGAUCGACCACUAUUACGUCCUCCCUUCCACCAUUGCUUUCCUUCACGCCCAUCGCUCUGGCUUCUUCAUGGCCUGGCACGUCGACGCCCCCCUCCACGACAACGUCAUUGCCAUGCAAAAUCUCCAAACAAACUUCGUCGAACAAAACGGCUACGCCAAUCUCCGCUGUAACUGGAACCCGGGCUGCAAGGCCGAUCACCGCUUCAACUCACAUGUUACCGAGGAAGUCUGGUGGGAUAUUUUCCAGGGCACAAGCACCCCGCCGCUCAACAUGUCGUCUCCCUACGAAAUCGAGCAAGUGGGUCAGAAUUACAUUCGCAAGCCCGAUCAGAUUGCUGCCGCCUGCUGUGCGCAGUUUGCUGUCUCAAAGGACCAGGUGCGCCGGCGCCCGCAAGACGACUACGUGCGGAUUCGGCAGUGGCUCCUUGACACGGAUCUGAAUGAUGCAAAGUCCGGCCGUGUGAUGGAGUUCUUAUGGCAUUUUAUUUUCGGCAUGGACUCUGUUUACUGUCCCGAUGAGCAGCUUUGUUACUGCCAGGUCUACGGACAGUGCUGA